GCUGUUACUAACUUCUCUAUAAAGAGAAUUGUGUCUGCGCACUUAAGUUAAGGUUCAAUCGGUUUCUUAAAAAGUCUACCUUUUAUACAGAUAUGUAAACCAAAUUAAAUAGUGAUGGAAUUAAAAAUCGUACUAAAAGUGGCAAUAUUCAUGCUUUUCUUUACAUGGACGGCAAAAUGUUCCGAAAUACCGAUGUCUAUAGACGAAGAUGAGGCCAAUUGCAAUGAUACAGUUGAAGAUUGUGACUUAUAUGAUCAUCACAAGCUAUGUAAUACUUCGUCAGACAGACAGUUUGCUAUGGUCUCCUGUCGUAAACAUUGCGGUCUAUGCAACGCUUGUGUCAUCCCAUCUUCACAACCGAAAAAUGCUAAAAUGACAUUAUCAUGGGAAGGGGAUCAGUUUAAGUUGAAUUACAAUUGUAAUGAUGAAUAUUCCUUGAUCAAUGGAAGCCUUACAAGGACAUGUAGCAACGGCAUUUGGUUAGAAUCGAUACCAAAUUGUUUAAAAGAUUGUAAAGACAUUAAGUCAGUUCCUAUAAAUAACACAAGGAAUCGGACAGCAGACGGUAACAGAUAUGGAUCCAAAGCAACAGUCACUUGCAAAGAGGGCUACGUGGUAUCUAACAAUUACAACCAGACUGUUUUCAACAUGUCUUGUUCAUCCGACGGAGAUUGGAAACAUAAACUUGACUGCGUUCCAGUUGAUUGUGCAAAUGUGACAAAUUUAGACACCCAUUAUAUACAAUCAGUUGUAUAUUUGCCAAAUACAAAAUUUAUGUCAAUCGCGACUGCCACUUGUGAAGUUGGACAUGUUGUUCCUGGAGGAAAUAACAGCCAGAAUCACUUUAAUAUGUCGUGUGCAUCUGACAGAUCUUGGAAAAAUGUAACAAGCUGUGUAAGAAAAGAUUGCGGGAACAUAACCUUGUCAAACAUUUCAAAUGCAAACGAGAUAUAUUUUCUAAAUGAUACGAAAUACGAAUCAUCAGCUAAUAUAUCUUGUAACGAGGGAUUCACUGUUAAAAACCAAGCUCAGACAAAAGACAUAUCAUCCACUGUGGUAAAAUGUGAAGAGAAUGGAACCUGGGAGAAACUCCCUACAUGUGUUAAGAAAGAUUGUGGAGACAUACACAAUUUAAGCAUAGACAAUGCAGCAGUAAGGCGAAAUGUAAAUGGUACUUAUUUCGGAGAUGUAGCGGAAGUUGAUUGCGAUGUAGGAUACUACCACCGUAAUCAGACAAAGGGAAUUUCAACAACAAAAAUUACAUGUUCUGAAACGGGGGAAUGGACAGACAUACCAAACUGCAAACGCAAAGACUGCAAGAACAUUGCAUGUCUGGGUCUAAAUUACAUAACUUUACCUGCACGUCUAAACAAUGACACAAUGUACAACUCUACAGCAGAUGUUGAUUGUAAAGAAGGUUAUUAUAACAAGAAGCAAAAUCAAACCACUGGGAUUUCAACAACAACAAUGACAUGUUCCGAUAACGGGACUUGGAUAAACAAGCCUACGUGUGAACUUAAAGAUUGUGGACCUUUGGAAGAUUUGGAAGAUUUAUCGAAUGCUGGCCUUAGAUUACUAUUUUCUGAAACGAAUUACAGAUCGCAAGCCGCUAUCACAUGCGAUGAAGGAUAUUAUGAUUUAAAUAAACACGAUCAACCAGAAGGCAUUUCAACGACAAUGAUAACUUGUUCUGUAAAUGGAACCUGGACUGGUUUACCAAUCUGCACCAAGAAAGAUUGUGGUGACGUUAACAAAGAACAUAUAGAUCAUGCAGCAAGCAUAAAUCAGGAUAAUGGUACCACGUUCAAAUCAACUGCAAACGUACAUUGUGAUGAAGGCUAUUAUAUCAAGGGUCAAACUCAAUUGAUGGAGAUAUCAACAAGAACAAUAACAUGCUCUAAAACGGGAAAGUGGACAGACAUGCCGAUCUGCAUUCCUAAAGAUUGUGGAAGUUUACAAAACAUAACUAUGAUGAACGCAGGUUCCAGAAUGCCCAUAAAUGGAACCAACUAUACAGCGAUCGCCAAUGUUAGCUGUGAUGUGGGAUUUAAAGAUAAAGAUGAAACACAGGUGCCGGGAGUUACAGGCAAGAUUAUCAGAUGUAAUGAAAGUGGAGUGUGGGACAAUUUACCAAAAUGUGUCCGAAAAGACUGUGGUAACGUCAAAGAUCUGAACCUCAACAACACAAAUGAAACAGUACAACGGCAUAAUGACACCAAGUUUAACUCUACAGCAGACGUGAAAUGUCUGGAGGGAUAUUUCGAUAACAACACACAAUCACAAACAACUAGCAUAUCAACAACAACAAUUCGUUGUUCGGAUGAAGGGAAGUGGAUUAACUUACCUCUCUGUGUACGCAAAGGUAUCCACACAUUUUAA